GUUCUACGAUUGGUGUUGCUGGCACCACAAUAUUUCAAACUCAAAAGUAACUGCCACUGUAAAUGUAAUUGCCAACGUUUCAUCUUCAUCUUCCACUGCCUGAAGAAAACAACAUCAAAUCAUGUCGUUCCGGUAUUAUCCCAUGAUGUCCCUCGGCAACGGCUCUUCGGCGGACGAACGAUCGCUAAAUCGUACUGUUUACCCCUCACAAUAUUCCUGGUUGAACAAUCUUAUGUCAUUGAACUUCACCCUGAACGAAACACUUGUCAACAUCACCGUUAAUGUUACAGAGGAGGUCGCUGACGUGCGAAUAACGACAGAAAAAAUAGUCGGCGUUGUAUUUGUAUUUUUUCUUGUAGUCUUCACUGUGAUUGGUAACGUUUUUGUUUUAUCGGCGAUCAUGCUGGAGCGGAACCUGCGAACAGUGCCAAACUAUAUGAUAGGCUCUCUCGCCGUGGCGGACCUCUUAGUGGCUACGUUAGUAAUGCCUGUUACCUGUGUAUACGACGUUACCGAACGUUGGAUACUAGGGCCUGAAAUGUGCGAUAUGUGGGUGUCGUUCGACGUUCUGUGCUGCACGUCCAGUAUACUCAAUCUGUGCAUCAUAGCCUUAGAUCGUUACUGGGUAAUUACAAGACCCAUAGAAUACAUGAAAAGAAGAACACCGCGUAGGGCGUUUCUCAUGAUAAUCUUCGCAUGGAUCGCUUCCAUACUUAUUUCCAUUCCACCGCUGUUUGGAUGGAGGACCGAGGCUGACAAAGCUGAUCCCAACGUGUGUCAGAUAAGCAGAGACCACGCAUACACGAUAUUUUCAACGUUUGGCGCAUUUUACAUACCAUUAACGGUCAUGUUAAUAGUGUACUGGAAGAUAUAUAUUGCUGCCCGGAAAAGAAUACGUGGAAAACGAUAUCGUGUGGAAAUGAGUGCCAGCAGCAUCACGCUUGAUUCGCCGAAGACGGCCGUCACCAAACUAACAAUGAACGGCCACAGCGGACUUGAAACCUCCGAUCAAGUGGUAACGCGUGUGAGACGAACUAAGCGUGAGCUUUCAGCGGCAAGAGAGCGUAAAGCCACACGGACUUUAGGUUUUAUUUACAUAGCACUGGGUAGAAAGAAUGUGUUUUCUGACAAUCCACCGUUUGCUUUCAUCUUCGCCACGGGAUAUGACGCACUGUUAGCAGUAGCAAAGAAAACUAAAGUUAUGCCAAGAAAGGCAGAAGGGACAAGGCUAGAAGAUGUAAAAGAAUAUAAGUAUUUAGGGCAGUGGAAUCGAGGUAGAGGACGACCUAGAAAAACUUGGGACAUCACAACAUGGACAAACACGGAGAUCUUUGGAAGUGCUAAGAAAAAAACUGAGAACAGAGUUUUGUGGUGCAGUCUUGUUGUCAACUUUCGAAUCGAAGAAGACACUGGGUGA